AUGGCUAAAACCUUCAACUUUCUCAUCUUUUUCUUGACAAUAUCAUUGUUUACAGGAAUUCAUGCAAAACAAGAGUUGCAAAACAUAUCGCAACCUAUUGCCCACCCGAAGCUUUUUGUUUUUGGAGACUCUUAUGGUGAUACAGGCAACUUCAGGAUAAAUCGUACUACAAUUUCCUGGAAUGAACCAUAUGGAAUGACUUAUCCUGGAAGACCUUCCGGCCGGUUCUCCAACGGCCGUAUCCUCACGGAUUACGUCGCUGAACAUUUUGGCAUAAUAUCUCCUACGCCUUUCGAAGCGAGAUAUUCAGUGAAUAAAUCAGAACUACAACAUGGCAUGAAUUUUGCAUACGGUGGCACUGGUGUUUUCGACACUUUGGUGGAUCAACCAAGGAUGACAGUUCAAAUCGACAAUCUUCAACGACAACUUGAUCAAAAUGUUUACACCAAACAGGACCUUGAUUCCUCCAUUGCUCUCAUUUCUCUUGCUGGCAGUGACUAUUCCACUUUCAUUCUUAGUAAUGAUCACAUCAAAGAUGCCAUUAGUUUGCGAAAUCAGACGAGGAGUAUCAUUCGACAACUUUCAAUCAACCUGAAGCGCCUUCAGGCCAUGGGAAUAAAAAAGAUUUCUAUUACUUCCAUUGAGCCUAUGGGGUGCUUGCCCAAUUCAGCCACCUUUUCUUCAUAUCAAAAUUGCACUGAAGAUUUCAACACCGUCGCAUUGUUUCACAACCAGAUGUUGUGGAAUGAAGUGCAAAAGCUAAACAACACCACCCAGGAUUCAUUCAUUUUGCUCCUAGAUCUCUAUGGCGCAUUCAUGUCAGGAUUAAAGAAAGAUGGAAAUCUUUUAGGAAAUUCUGAGAUGAAGACGUUGUUGCAGCCAUGCUGUGUGGGAAUAAACGAAAGAUAUUUUUGCGGGAGUGUAGAUAAGAACGGGAAAAAGAAAUACAGAGUAUGCAAAAAUCCUGAAGAAUCAUUCUUUUGGGACGAUGUCCAUCCUUCACAAAAUGGGUGGAAAAUUGUUUAUGAUGCUUUGAGACCUAGCCUUGACAGACUCUGA